AUGUAUUGUAACCAACACCCACACCAACAACAACAACAACACCCACAAAAUGUAACCCCAAGACAUCAGUCACCACAACUCCAAUCUAAUUACACACGUGCCCAAUCACACCAUCAAUCACAAUCACAAUUAUUUGAUUCAAAUUCUUCCCAAUUAAAUAAUAUCCCAAAUCCACCAAAAGAAUCAUCUAUUCCAUCCAAAUUUGCUCCAACCACCUCUCCAUCAAGACCAUUGGAAUCUGAUAACGAAACAACAAAAAGUGAUAGAGAAAUUUGCAAAAAACAAAAAACCAAAGAUGAAGAAUAUGAAAAGCAAAUUUUUGAAAUGGAAAGAUUAAAAGAAAUAGAAAGAGUAGAAAAAUUGCACAAACUUUGGGAAGAGUUUGAAAGAAUUGAAAGAAUUAAAAUAGAAAAAGGAGAUAGAGAAACUAAAGAAAUAUAUGAAAAAAUCAAAUCAGAAAGAUUAUUAAAAGAAAGAAAAGAAAAAGAUAGAUUAGAAAUAUUGAGAAUGCCAAGAAUGCAAAAACAUAAAGAUAUGCAAUGGCACAAAUCGAAUUGGAAAUGCUAA